GCGAAGCAAUAAAGAAAGAAGGAAAAGAGAGGAAACAAAGACAAAGGUUCUCAAGACUCCAUGAUUAUUCAAAUUCUCUCAAACACACACACAGGACUUGGGGCUCCCCCUACUUAAUCCUAAGUAAGAGCUCCUCUCAAAGUUUCUUCCAAGACUUUGCUUGAGAGCUUCAAUAAGAAGAUGAAUAGAGGCGUUUUGCAGAGCUCACCGGUGCAACAAAUGAUGGCCGGAAACCCUAACUGGUGGAAUAAUAUCAACACCAUGCGUCCACCAACACAUCAAUCUUCUCCUUUCUUGCCGACUCAUUCCAACUGUUUCCCUCAUCAAUAUGCACCAACUUCCUCUUCAUCUUCUUCUCUUCCCAUUCCUUCUUGGCAUGAUAGCCAGGAGCAGCUUCCAGAGUCUUGGAGCCAACUACUACUGGGUGGAUUGGUGAGUGAAGAAGAUAAGGUUGGAAUGAGCCAGUUUCAAGCUAAGCGGUUGGAGAAUUGGGAGGAGCAAAUACUGAGCCAAGCUCCAAAUGCUUCUGUUGUUAAUGUCAAGCAAGAACACUCUGCAGCAAGCAGCUAUGUGUACGGACAUGGAACUCAUGAGGAUUUUCAAGCAGCAAAACCCACUUGGUCUCAUGUAAUAUCUGCUUCCGCCUCUCCAAAGUCUUGUGUGACAAGUUUCAGCAGUAAUAUGUUGGAUUUCUCUACCAACAAGGCAGAUGGGAGGCACCCACCACCGGAUCGAUCCUCAGAGUGUAACAGCACUGCAACUGGUGGGGCACUUAAGAAAGCUAGGGUUCAACCUUCUUCAACCCAACCUACCUUCAAGGUGAGGAAGGAGAAAUUAGGUGACAGAAUAACAGCUCUGCACCAGCUAGUAUCUCCAUUUGGGAAGACUGACACAGCCUCUGUCUUGUUAGAAGCUAUUGGGUACAUCAGAUUCCUUCAGAGUCAAAUUGAGGCUCUCAGCUUACCUUACUUGGGCAGUGGAUCCGGAAACAUGAGGCAGCAACAGUCUGUUCAAGGAGAAAGGAAUUGUAUAUUUCCUGAAGACCCUGGUCAGCUGCUGAAUGACAACUGUAUUAAGAGGAAAGGAGCUCCUGAUCAUCAGCAGGAUUCACAGGAAGAACCAAAGAAAGAUCUGAGGAGUAGAGGGUUGUGUCUGGUUCCGGUGUCAUGCACCCUACAAGUAGGGAGCGACAAUGGAGCAGACUAUUGGGCACCUGCUCUGGGCGGGGGGUUCCGGUAGAUGGAUAAAUUAAAAUGCAGCACACGUACGUACGGCGAAGAGAGCUUAAAAAGAAAGAAACGAUAUAUAACAUCAUGAGCAGUCACUCUGCAAAAAUCUAAGGCUGAUUGCUCAUGAUGCUAUACAAUCUUGAAAUCUAUGAAGGACGUACGUACGUACAAUAUGCAUGUGGGUGCUGCUGAUGAUCAUCAAGACUCUUCAAUUUAAUUAUGUCAUUAAUUAAGCUUUGUCUAUCUUCAUCCUAAAGCUGCUGCUGCUGCAAUGCAAUUUGCUUUUCUUGUAUAUGCAGUGUUAGUAUGACUAAUCAUUUUAAAUGUUGCUUAAUUAAAAAGCCGCAUUCAUCUAA